UACAUGCAUAUUUCUCUUUACCUACUUAACAAGGAACUGCUUUCAGAAUGGUCACCUUUACUUAUUCCAUUAACUUGCAGGAUAUAUUGAACUUGCUAAUCUCAAGCAACUAGACUAUAAGACCUCAUCCACUCUCUAUAGCAGCUACCUCUUUUCUUCUUCUUCUUUUUUUUUCAGUUGGAACCAAGAAUGUCCCAGGAAGAUGUGGUCUCCCUCGCCGACAAAAUCUCUGGAGUCCUCGAGAAGGAGAAAAAUGCAAAGUUUCCAUGCAAGGAGAAGUUUGAUGAGAUCAACACGAAGCUUAGCGAGAUCCGUUCAAAGAUAUCUGCAAGCCUCCCGCAAGAUCAAACUGAUAAGUUGCGAGAUGCGUUGCACGACCUCAACAAUAUUCUCGCAGAAUGCCUGGGAUUAUCGAACCAGCAGCAAAAUGUAAAGAAAAGCUUGGUGAGUGCCUUUUCUUGUUGCAUGCCGGCCCAUCUAAGCAAUAAGCUAAGCAAAGUAGAAACUACACUGCAAGACAUACUGCCUGCGGGUAUUGAACAACAGGUAAUUGGAAGCCCUGGUCCUAGUUCUCAAGAGGAAGAUGAUGUAGGUGAUGAUUAUGAAUGGACUUGCAGUUACGUAGACGAGAGUAUGUUAUAUGGGGAUAAAGAUGAAGCCGAAAAAAUCAUUAAGGCACUCGUAAAAGACGAGGAUUUUAACGCGGUUGGAAUUGUCGGCUCGUACGGCAGCGGGAAGACCAAUUUAGCUCGGAAGGUCUUUAUUGAUGAGAAAGUGAAGGAUGAGUUCCCCCUCAGGCUUUGGGUGUGCGUCGGACCAGACUGCAAAAAACAUGAGCUCCUAUACAGGAUGUUAGACAACCUCGGCCUAGAAACCGAUGAAGUUGAAGAAAUUGUUAACAACUCGAAGGCAGUUAAGGACUCGAGCAACAAAGAUUCAGCAAAAAUAGGUGUUUUGCUCUUCAUCCUUCACUGGCAACUAUCUGAUGUGAAGUACCUGAUAGUGUUUGAUGAUGUGUGGUGCAGUACCGAUAUUGAGUGGUACAGGAACUUAGGAUCCAAACCGCCAACGGAUAAAGCGUGGGACGACCGUCUCGGUUACGGCCUGCCGAAGGGAAACGGCAAUGCGGUUAUCAUCACGUGCAGGAACGAAAAAGACGUGAGGACAAUGGUCGAUACUGGUUUAGUAUAUACACCGAAAAGACUCGAAGUUGACGAAGGUUUUCGCCUCUUCAAACGAGCAUUCGAUGAAGCGAAGAAGAACUCGAACUUACCUGUCGAGGAGGGGCUUGAGAAGAAGUUGGAGGAGAUGAAGAAGCAGAUUGUGGAUAAGUGCCUUGGCUUUCCUGCUGCACUCAUGGCAGCUGGACGUGGAUUAGCUACUCAGCAAAAUCCGUGUGUUGAUUAGUGCAUUAUAAAUAUUAUUCUCUUCUGCUUGUUCGAUUGUGUGAUUUAUAGCGUACGUAUGCCAUUGUGUGUGCAUUUUAAUUUCUUCUCUUUGCUCAACGCAAUUUUAUUGUACCCCUUUUUUUUUUUUGGUGUUUAAGAUAAAUGCAUGCUGAUGCAUGUUUGGAUUGCGCCUGGUGAUGAUGUUAUAGUUUGAUCUUCUCUUCUGUCCUACUAUGAAA